AUGGUAUCGGUCGGAGGCCAAUCAAUUCUUGCCCGUGCGGCGGCGUCAUCGUCUAUCUUUGGUGGGCUGAGUAGGAGGUCGGCUUACAUUGGGCUGGUCUCGGGGCGAGCGCUAUUCUCAUCGGAAAGACCGGAUCCGAUGGAAUUAGCAGGACGAACUGCAGCUGCAAUCAAAGAAUACCUGCAGAUGAGGCGAGAGGAGGUUGCUGUGGAACAACAGACGGAAAAAGGAGGGGAGGCGGCAAAAAGUGUCGCAGAGGAAGCUCUGAGGAAACUGGACGAAAACAUCAACACGUUCAACACGAAAACACCGGAGGAGUUGUUGAUGAUCAGUUUUGAGUCUCUUGGCUUCGAUGGCCUAGAGGAGGUGGAAUGCCUCUUGCAGAUUGAGGAGACCUUCGAUGUUAAGUUGCCCGAUGAGGCCUUCAAUACGCUGAAGAAUGGACAGCAGGCGAUGGAGGCGGUAAUUCAACAGUUGAAGGAAAAAGAAAAGGAAGAGUGA